AUGUCUUUCUCUGGUCAAGGAGUUGAUAAUUAUGAUGGUUUAUAUUUGGCAAAAGAAUUUCAAAGCUGCAACAAUACUCGAAAGAAUAGCUUUGAAAAUAUGAAUCUACCAGAGGCUCUGAAUCCAUUAGAAAUAAAGAAUACUUCAAUAACUGCUACAAACAAAUCAAAAAAACUGCAAUCUAUGAUAAAUUAUUCUAGAAAAUAAGAAAGCUUCAAUUUAAAUAGAAGGACAAAUACUGUAAUGAGUGAAAGGGUUCAAUCUACCAAAGAAGAUUAUAAAGAUAUCCAUAGUAAUUACAGUUAAUUGAAAACUGUUGGAGAAGAUGAUGUCGAGUAAAAAUCCUCCUCAGAAAUUGCAAAAGAAUUUUAAAAAUAAGUUUAUAUGAAUACAAUGAAACUAAAUGGCAAAAGAAAUGGGAGAAGUAGCACUUUGCCUUCAAACGAUGAAUAAAUUAAAGCUUUGUAAUAAUUUGCUGUUUAACAGAAUAAUAUCAAUACACAUUUCAAUAAAUUUUUUAAGAAAAAAAUAAGAAUAACUAAUAUUACUCCUGGUAAACAAAAUACUGUUUCAAAUAAAUCAACAACUUAAAAUAGUCUGUAAAGUUCUCCUAUAAGUUACUAAUAAAAGGAUUAUACCCAAAAUAAUAACUUCAUGAUUUUUAGUAGAAAAUCUACUUUAGCUAAUGCAGCAAGUCCUAUUAAUGAUCAGAAGCUAGUCAUAUAAAUAUAAGAUUUUUACUAGAAUAACAAAACAAAUUAGCUAAGUAGUUAUGAUGAUUCACUAAACUAAAAUAGAAAUUCUUCUAAAAGUGAUACAAAAAAUUUGUCCACUCCAAUUAAUUCUGUUUAUUAUAAAAACCAAGACAAUUCUUAGAGCAAUGAUAUUGUUUAUGCAAUCAAUCCAGAUAGAUUCUCCUCUGCAAAAAUAAAGAAAAAAUUCAGAGGAGCUAAUGGCUUAACUCCUUAAAUUUUAGAACUUUGGAUCAACGAUACUCUAACAGAGGCUUAAAGUGAUAAAUAGUUUAAUGAUUCCAAAUAUAAAACUCAUAAUUAUCUAAGCACAUAUAACUUAGAUAGAAAAAAUUUAUUUAGUAAGGGAGUGAAGCACGAGGGUAUAGAUAGAAUUUACAGGUGUCUAUUCGUUUAUAGCUUUGGGUUUUAUGAAAUGCUUUAUGAAAUUUUAGAACAUUUAAAGGAAAAGGACAUUAUAAUUAGCUAAAUUUGGAAGGUAUUUGGGAUUUUGCUUGAAUAUUGUGCAAGAGGAGAAUUCAAAACUACUGUGUGCAUUUUAGAAAAAGAAAAAGAAGAGGCUGUAGAAACUUUAAAAAAAAAUAUUGAAGAAAAAUAAACUUUGAUUAAAGAGAUUGAACAGAAAGUAUAUGAUUAAGGUGAUAAGUAUUUGCUAGAAAUUCGCUCUCUAAAAGCAGAACUUGAAAGCUUGUCAAAUGAAAACGCUAGACUAAGUGAAGAUAACAAAUUUUUAGAUGAACAAUUUAAUUAAGAGGCAAAAACAAGACUACAAUUUGAGCAUAAAAUUAAUGAAAUUUACAGUAUACACAGGGAAUUAAAUACUAAAUUUUAGCACUUGAUUACAGAAAAAGAUUCUUUGGAGUUUGAUUUGAAGAAUAUUAAAGCUGAUUACAAUCAAAGAAAUGAAGAAAAAUUAUUAUAUCAAACUAAAUAUACGUAAGCAGCAAAAGAUUUAGAAGACCAAAAAAUUAUCAACAAUAGAAUUUCUGAAAGAAACAAAACUCUUGAAAAUAUUAUAUUAGAAAACAGCUCUUAAAAUGAUAAAGUUAGUUUGUAGAAUAAAGAGCUAAACGAAGAAUUAAUUAAAAGGUAGCUCAAAAUCGAUGAAUUAAACUUCCAAAUUGAUAACCUCAAAAUUUAAAUUAGAUAAUAUGCUGAGAGCAGUAAGAGAGUGGAAGAAAAGAAAUCAGAAAUGCUGAACGAGAAAGAAUAUUAUGAGCAAAGACUAAGAGAAAAGUAGAAACUCAUAAACGAAAUAUAAGCAAAGCUUAAUUUGAAGGAAAAUUAAUACUCAGAAAUAAGUUAUAAACUUGAAUAUGAUCAAGCAAAAUUCAAAGAAUAAGCUGAAGAAUUAAAGGAAAAAUAAAAUUUAAUUUACAAUCUUUAAAAACAGCUAAAAGGUAUUUAGAUUGAUUUAGAAGUAAGCCAAAAUACAAUAAAAAACUAAGAAAUCGAUAUGUAAAAUUUGGAAAAGUGUAUAAGAGAAUAUAAAAUGGGUUCAGCUGAUUUAGAAUAGUAGUAUAUAAAAGCAACCAAAUAAAUAAAUUAAAUGCAAAUAUAAUUAGAUAAUUAGUAACUUGAAGUCAAAAAAUGGAUGGGGUUUUUUGAGGAAAAGGAUAUUAAAUAUCAAUAAUUAUAGAAUGAAUAUAGGAUACACAUGGAUAAUUAUCAAAAUCAAAUAUAGAUCCUAAAGUCUAAAGUAACUAAGUUAGAGCAAGAAAAUAGGAAAAUACUUAACGACUUUUAGAUCUAAACUUUGUAGCUGAACCAAUUUUCUAAGGAAAAAGAUGAAUUCUAAAACUAACUCUUUGAAGCUCAAAAAAAAUUACUUGCAUUAAAAGACAUAAAUUAAGAUCAAACUUUCCACUCGUCUAAUAUUGAAAAUUCUUUGACUGAUAAAAUACAAAUCGUAGAAGAACUUAAAAGACAAAAUAUUUAAAUUUUGACAAAUUUCACAGAUUAUAAAAUAAAAUUAGAAUAAACACAGAGAGAAUUAACAUCAAUAACUAGAUAGUACAAUGAAUUUUAGCAGUAAACUGAAAUAAAUAUAGAAAAUAUCCAUGCAAAAUAUUUAAAAGAACUAAGCAUUUAUAGGUGUAAAGAUGUAAAAAUUCACUAUAUGGAGUAUGAAGAUUUGUAUGCUUCACUUCUAAGAUAAUUAGAUAAUUAUAGGAUUCUAGAUGAAAAGUUAAAGGAGAGGGAAUCUACUAUAUAAUUUUUGAAGCAAUAAAAAGAGAUUAUUGAAGAAAAUAGAAGAACUGUUGAAAAAUCAAAAUCAGAUUUAGUUUCCAAAAUAUCAAAAUUACAGGGUUAAUACGAUGCAUCUCUUGUAGAAAUUAAAAAUUUGAAAUAAUAAAUUGAAUACUAAAAAAGUUCAACAACUAACUAGCAAGAGUAGCUAGGUAGACAUUUUACGAAGGAGCUCUAAGAAACUAAAGAAAAUUAUGAGGAAUAAAUCAAAAAUUUAAAUAAUACUUUAACUUAAUAGAUUAAAGAACUUGAAGGUUAAUUCAAGUACACUUUAUAAAAAAACAUUUCUUUAAAGGAAGAAAAUGAAAAAUUAUAAUAAUCUAAAGUUUAAUUGGAAGAUGAAAUAAUAUAAUUGAAGCUUUAAAGUAUAUAACCUCCUUCCUCCCCAACGAGAAUGCAAAGCACUAUAUAAUCAAGGACCAAUUCAAAAGUUACUAAAAUCAAAGAAAGUGAACCUAGUUCACCUUUGAAAUCUCCAGCUUCUAUAAAAUCACCUUAAUUGAAAGCUCAAGUCUCUAAUGAUUAAUCUUAAUAAAUAUCUCUUGAACUAAUAAAUAAGAUAUAGCCCUUGCAAAUUGAUAAAGAAAUUUAAACAACUAAUAGAGAAUAUAUAAAAUUCUAAGAAGAAGAUGAGGUUUAAUUACAGGUUUUGUAAAAUAUCACAAAUGUUUAACAAUUAUAAAACGAUUCAAAAAGUAUUAUUGAUUUAUACAAAGUCAGAUAGCUUGAAUCAGAUUCUCUAGCAACUAAUUUGCAACCUUCAGUAACACAUAGAAACGAAACUGAUGAAAGAAGAGAUUUCAAUAAGAAGAAUUUAUAAAAAGUUUUAAAUAAAAGCCAAGAAAGAUAAACUAAUAAUCCCAAUAGUGAUACUUAAUUAAAUACCAAUAAUAAUAAUAUCAAUAAUAUAAAUACCAGGCCUUCUUCUGUUGAAUAAAAGCAUAGAGUAACUGUUAUACAUUAAAGAAAUAUAUCAACAGCAUAUGAAUAAUUAAAACCAAGUGAAAGAUAUCCAACAGAUAAAUAUGUUAAAAAACCGAAAUUGAGUAAUUAAGAAUUAGCUAAAAUCCUUAAUACAUCUUUCUAACAUGACAAAUAACAAAGCAAAAAGUGA